GUACAUUGAUUGCCUGCCUUUGUCCUUCGCACAAUCAGUCAAUGAGAGAUGUGAGAUUUUGCACCGAUGAUAAAUUUCGAGUUGAUGUCGGAAAAACCAGGAACCAAAAUUCACCGACCAAUCAAAUCCGACCAAUUGCAACUGAGGCCUCAAUUUUGGCGAGGAUCAUUUCUCAUCCGACACGCUGGAUUUUGACCCGUAUCAGAUAGUAUUCUACCACCAAGACCACAACACACUCAACGUUCUACAAUUGGUUUGAAUCCCCGAAAUCGAUUGUAAAGAUGGGUUUCUUCGACAGCUGGAGCGAUCUUGUAUCGGCUGCUACACCAUGGAGCCAGGCAGAGGCUGAGGCGGUUUCUGGAGGUUCGAGUACAGAGAAGACUCCUGCGCAAAAGGAUGACGGCGGAGAGGGCGAGGCAAAGGAUCCAUCCGGAGCCACUCCAGACAAGAGAGCAUCCAAGGACGCUGAAGAGGAAGAGUCAAAGGACGAGGAACCUGAAGAGGAAGAGGAAGAAGAAGAGGAAGAGGAGGAGGAGAUGGUUGAUCCAAAAGAUAAGAUUGAAGAGGAAUGUAAGGAAUCAGCAGCUUGUGCUCCUUCUAAGCACCACUAUGAUGAGUGUGUUGAGCGAGUUACAAGUGGCAAGGAACAACACCCCGGCGAGGAUUGUGUUGAAGAGUUCUUCCAUCUCGCACACUGCGCCACUGCCUGCGCUGCCCCUAAGCUCUGGAACACCCUCAAGUAAAUCCAAGCUCGACUACCUAGCAUAUCACGGAAUUACGCACAAAACAUGAAUCAACUUUUUAGAUGAAUGGAGAGGGGAGAAGGGAAGAAGUUAGAGGAUGGCGGAAUUGUACAAAUAUGAAACCAAAAUCCGUUCUUGAGCACUGCAUUGCAUACCAGAUCAGAUCUCCAUUUUUCACCGAACGCAUUGCAUGUAGUAUAGAAAAGGAAUCGAUAUAGAACUGACUUUGGUUCUCUUUAUGUUUUAUCUUUGGCAUUCUGGAAUUUGUGCUUGAUUUUAUACCUCUAGAUCAUGUUUGGAACUGGAACUCUUAUCAUUUCGGAUCUUUUUCUUGGAUGACAAAAGUAAUCUUACAAUCACAAGCAAAACUCGUCGACAAAAAUACCUGUACACA